UCCCUUUUUAAUAUGCAGCGGAUCUAGUCGGGUGGCCAGAAUCUCUGAGCAAGGGGGAUGGAAAGCAAGCGAAUGAUGGGGUUUCCUUUUGAAAAGUGGUAGUAGUUUCUUUUGAACUGAUGGAUUGUGAUCUUUGACUGAUGUCAUUUGCAGUAACAAUGAUACAGACGUUUUGGAAUAGGAUUAGACAGUGGAAAGAAGGAAAAAACAUUGAAGAGAUAAGAUGUUAAACAUUUGCAGAGCAUCAGUUAUGUAGCUGCAGAAGAGCAACAUGCUCUUUAUAUUUGUGCAUACGGUCACCUGGCUGGUUGAUACUUAACAGUUAACAAUAACUGUUGAAUGGUGAUUCUAGUCUUGCGCAAAUUUUAUAUGACAAUGAAUUAUCUUAAACUGUGAACUUACAAUAUUGACAGAUAUUGAUAAUUUGAAAGGCACUGUGGGAAUAAACUAUAUAGAAGUUUGAAGAGGGCAUUUAAGCUACUGCUACUUCCCCCAAGUCAGUACAGGUAUCCAAAUUGAAGCAUCUCCUACUGAUGCUGUCAAACCCCUGACUAAAUACCAGUAUGUAUAUUAGCUAUUCCUGUGAAACUUUUCAGGGUGUUAAAAAUAAAAAAUGGUGAGCUCCAAAAGGAUUUUAUGGAGAGAAUACACGCUGAAUGAAGUUCAGCUAAAAUAAAGUGAGAUAUGUUCACUAUACUUUCCUCCAACUUCAUACAUACACUACAUUGAAGAAAUCUGAGCUAUCUAUAAUCAAGAAAAAAAGAUUUUAGGAUUGUAGCAGAUGCUGUUUCCAUGUGCAGUAGCUGUUAAAAAAAUACCAGACCUGUGAAGAGAUUUUUCAUCCACAAAGAAAAUGUCAUUAAGAAAAGUAAACAUAACCAUCCUCGUAUUUGUUGUUGUUAUAUUUCUGUUAGUGCUGCAUCACAACUUCCUAGGUCUCAGUGAUAUCUUAAAAAAAGAAUUAUCAGAUUCAAAUCCACUAAGAUUUCAGCCAAUAGAUUUUAUACCUGAAGCUCCUCAAAGAUUGAUAGUGAAAGAAAAUGACAAGGAAAUUCCUGUGGUCCUUACGGCAUCUGAAGAAAGGCUUGGUGGUGUAAUUGCAGCUGUGAACAGUAUUCAGCAAAACACCAAAUCCAAUGUUGCAUUCCAUAUUGUCACUCUGAAUGACACUGUGGACCAUCUGAGGUUGUGGCUUAGUAAAACCAGUUUAAAAAAAGUUCAAUACCAAAUUUUGAAUUUUGAUCCUGGUAUGCUGGCUGGAAAAGUGCAGAUAGACUCAAAAAUGCCAAAUUCCAUAAAACCGCUGACCUUUGCAAGAUUCUAUCUACCUAAUUGGGUCCCAAAUGCAGAAAAGGCCAUUUAUUUGGAUGAUGAUGUGAUUGUACAAGAUGAUAUCCUUAAACUUUACAACACUCCAUUGCAACCAGGCCAUGCAGCUGCAUUCUCAGAUGAUUGUGACUCUACUUCAAAUAAGUUUUCUGUCCGUGGAGCAGGAAAUCAGUAUAAUUACAUGGGAUUUCUUGAUUAUAAAAAAGAACUGGUUCGAAAGCUGUCCAUCAAAGCAAACACCUGCUCUUUCAAUCCUGGUGUGUUUGUUGCAAAUCUAACAGAAUGGAAAAUACAAAAUGUUACUAAGCAGCUAGAGAAAUGGAUGACACUUAAUGUUGUAGAAGAGAUAUAUAGCAGGACUCUUGCUGGAAGUAUCACUACACCACCCCUGCUCAUUGUAUUUUACAAACGACAUUCAAAAAUUGACCCUAUGUGGAAUGUUCGCCAUCUUGGUUCAAAUGCUGGCAAAAGAUACUCGCCACAGUUUGUGAAAGCUGCCAAAUUACUCCACUGGAAUGGACAUUUCAAGCCCUGGGGGCGAACAGCAUCUUUUGCAGAUGUUUGGGAAAAAUGGUACAUUCCUGAUCCUAGUGGCAAAUUUAACCUGAUUCGCAGGCACAGUUGAGAUUAUGCAGCACAUUAAUAAAGACUUAACAGCUACAUGCUUUUCUCAGGAAACCUGUAAGAUCAGAGUGAAAUCAUACUGCUUAAUGUACACUAAAUUUGAGAAAGACUUGAAAUUGUAUGGCUGAAGCAGCAGCUUUGCGCCUUCAAGUACAAGAUGAAGAAUAGCUUGACUCAACAACAGGUAGUCUUCAAUUUAUGACCACAGUUGCGGCUGGAUUUUCCCUUACAGGUUGUUGUGGUCAUAAAUCUAGUCAGACCCAAUUUUAUGAAAAUUUUCAUGAUGGUUAUGAAGCAAAUCACGUGCUCCAGUUCCCUCAUGGGCACUUUUUUUGCUGGAAUUUUACAACUAAGGUCACAUAUUGCAAAAUGAUUGUAGGAUGUUGCACCUGGUUAUAAAUGUGAGCCAGUUGCUAAGCAUUUACAUAGCAGUUAUGUGACCAUCACAGGGUGGUGUAAUGAUACAGAUCACAAGUCACUUUUUCUGAGGCUGGCAUAAUUUUGAACUGUUUUAAAUGAAAAGCAGUUAAAUUGAGGACUAUCUGUACUCAGCUACACCAGAUGAAUUCUUCCAGACAAACUUUUAUAAAUGAAAUAUUAGAAAAUGAACUUCAUCUAGGAAUCAGACACUUACUCCUAGGUAUCUGCAAUAUUAUCUUGCAUAGCUAUUUUUUUUAAGAAAAGCUUCUUCCUCUUAGCAGUAACCCAUGAACAGUUAGAACUUUUUCUCUGUAGUAUUUAGUUAAAUGUUUACACUUAUUUAAAUCUUUUGUAGAUUUAAUCUGUUUUUGUAAUUUAGUAAAUGAUGGAAUAAACUGCCCAACAACACUAGAGCAACCGGUUUAAAUUCAUGGAGAAAGCUUGAAUUGUUUGUAUGCGAGUUCAGAUUAAUCUACAUUUGAUAACUGUAUUAAAAAGUAAAGUCUUACAAUAUAUUACUUCUUCCAGUAAA